GCCAUGUGUUCCGUUAUGAGGGCGGUUUGGUUUUGGACUGGUUUUGGGGCCAUAUAUGCUGGGGGUAGAAAACGUUGUAGCCGGCAUAGACAUUGCCCAGUUGCCGCUUAGUCUUCGACGCGAACAGUUGUAUGUGAUCUCCAUCCGUACCAGCUCGGAACUCUCUCUCUCUUGGUGCCGUGAUUUACAGACAGAUUUAAGGUUUCUCCCCCGCGAAUGAAAGAUUGAAGGUGUGACCGCGUACCCGCCGACAGAUAUGCAAAUACAUUGUGUGCUACAGUUCCUGACAUAAGAUAAGAUAAAGUGCUGGCUGCCAUUCCAUUCCAUCCUCGAGCGAGCGAUAAGCCUGGCCGGGAUUAGUGAAUGCUGGAUGCAGCAGACAAGUCAAAUAUAAAUAUACAAAGAGCCCAAUUCGAAACGAAACGAGACCCAUUCUUAUCCGUCCAUUGAACUCUGCUGGCUGUUUGAAUGAACGUGUCGGAGCCACAGCAGCCGCAGGGCCCGUCCCUGUGCCUGGAGUGGAAGCAUCUCAACUACUAUGUGCCCGCCCAGGAGCAGAGCAACUACAGCUUCUGGAACGAGUGCCGCAAGAAGCGCGAGCUGAGGAUACUCCAAGAUGCCAGCGGCCACAUGAAGACCGGCGACCUCAUCGCCAUAUUGGGCGGUUCGGGGGCUGGAAAAACCACAUUGCUGGCGGCAAUUUCCCAACGAUUGCGGGGUAACCUAACCGGGGAUGUGGUUUUGAACGGAAUGGCCAUGGAGCGGAAUCAGAUGACGCGUAUCUCCAGCUUUCUGCCGCAGUUUGAGAUCAAUCUUAAAACCUUUACGGCCUACGAGCAUCUCUACUUUAUGUCGCACUUCAAGAUGCAUCGUCGCACCACCAAGGCGGAAAAGCGCCAGCGUGUGGUGGAUUUAUUGCUGGCUGUGGGCCUCAGGGACUCCGCCCACACCCGAAUCCAAGAGCUGUCCGGGGGGGAGCGGAAGCGCCUCAGCCUGGCCGAGGAGCUUAUCACGGAUCCCAUCUUUUUGUUCUGCGACGAACCCACUACGGGCCUGGACAGCUUCAGUGCCUACUCGGUGAUCAAGACGCUGCGCCAUCUGUGCACCCGGCGGCGCAUAACCAAGCACUCGCUGAGCCAGGUAUACGGCGAGGACUCCUUCGAAACGCCCAGUGGCGAGAGCAGCGGCUGCAGCUCCAUCGAAAUGGAGAUUGUGGCCAAAUCGCAUGAGAGCCUGCUGAAGGGUAUGCGGGAUCUGCCCACGCUGAGCCUGCUCAACAGCAGCCCGAACGGGACGCACAAGAAGGCGGCCAUUUGCUCCAUCCACCAGCCCACGUCGGACAUCUUUGAGCUGUUCACCCACAUUAUCCUGAUGGAUGGCGGACGAAUUGUCUACCAGGGCCGAACCGAACAGGCAGCCAAGUUCUUUACAGAUCUGGGCUAUGAGCUCCCGCUGAACUGCAAUCCUGCCGACUUCUAUCUUAAGACGCUGGCGGACAAUGAGGGGGCGAAGAAUGCGGGCGCCAUACUGCGAGCUAGGUACGAGCACGAUACGGAUGGACUCUACAGCGGCAGUUGGCUGCUGGCCCGCAGCUACAGCGGCGAUUACCUGAAGCAAAUGCAGAGUUUCAAGAAGAUACGUUGGGCAUACCAGGUCUAUCUGCUGAUGGUUCGCUUCAUGACCGAAGAUCUGCGGAAUAUCAAAAGUGGCCUCAUUGGCUUUGGCUUUUUCAUGAUCACCUCCGUGACGCUCUCGCUGAUGUACUCCGGCAUUGCUGGCUUGACGCAGCGCACCGUGCAGGAUGUGGGGGGCUCCAUAUUCAUGCUGAGCACCGAGAUGAUCUUCACGUUCAGCUAUGGCGUCACCUACAUAUUUCCAGCCGCCCUGCCCAUCAUACGGCGGGAGGUGGGCGAGGGCACCUACAGCCUGUCCGCCUACUAUGUGGCUCUGGUGCUGUCCUUUGUGCCGGUGGCAUUCUUCAAGGGCUACGUCUUCCUGUCGGUUAUCUAUGCCUCCAUCUACUAUACGCGUGGCUUUCUGCUCUACCUGUACAUGGGUCUUCUGAUGAGUCUCUCUGCCGUGGCCGCCGUGGGCUAUGGCGUCUUCCUCUCCAGCCUCUUUGAGUCGGACAAAAUGGCAUCGGAGUGUGCGGCGCCAUUCGAUUUGAUCUUCCUGCUAUUCGGUGGCACCUAUAUGAAUGUGGACACGUGGCCGGGGGUCAAGUACUUGUCGCUCUUCUUCUACUCCAAUGAGGCGCUGAUGUACAAGUUCUGGAUUGACAUUGACACCAUUGAUUGCCCCGUCAACGAGGAUCAUCCGUGCGUAAAGAGCGGAAUGGAAGUGCUACAGCAGGCCUCCUAUCGCACCGCCGACUACACCUACUGGCUGGACUGUUUCAGUCUCCUGCUGGUGGCCGUGGUCUUUCACAUCGUCUCGUUCGGCCUCGUGCGGCGCUACAUCCAUCGCAGUGGUUACUAUUGAUUGAUUGAUCGUGGGGGACUUUUUAUUUAUCCAAUUUCAUUUUAAAUCUUUACAAUCAUUGACUCGGCACUUCAUUUUUGAGGCUGAGCUGGUUAAAAUUUGUAUAAUUUAAGCACAAACUGCUGAUGGGUUUACUUUACGUACGUAUCUAAGCCUAAAACUUCGGAGGAAAAUAUUGCAUGGAUCGAGGAGCGAGGGUCGCCUAAAAUAAAUCCCAUAAUUGUGUCGUUAAUCUUAGUUGAAUUUGUAACUAAUUUGUGAACAAGAAACGAGUUCCGGGCGAGCCUAGUGGUGGGCUGGAUGCGAUCUAAAAGACGCAUAUAUAGGAUACAUUUUACAAUCAAUUCAAAGGGUUGUCUGCCUGCCAUUCAUGAUGCACUUGCAAUUAAAUAAAUUAAGCUAAA